AUGAACCGCCUCGUCCUACUCCUAUCGGUUGUAGUAUGUCUGACUUAUGCCCAUAUUGAUCAUCAACAAGUGUUGUUGAAGGAAAACCGAGUACCCAAGAUCCCCCACCCUCAAUUUGGAUCGGUUUGCGGAGAAUGUGAGAGCAUUAUCAAUAAGAUCGUCGCAGCCGCCAAGGACCCAGCCAAGUUGGCCGAACUGAAGUUGAUCUUGUCAGCCUUGUGCCACGAAACCUCGUACGAAGAGGAAUGUCACGUCUUCGUCAGCAAGUUGGACUUGUUCUUGGACAAGCUUCUGCCUUACAUGGUAGGUUUUAAAAACUUUGAAAUAUUGAUUUUUUUUGGGGCGGGGGGGGAAGGGAAGUUGCCAAGGCAUAAUAGGAAGGUUUUUUAAUUUUCCAUUUUUUAGCUCUGAUAAGAAGUAAAAUAUCAAAAUCAAACCAUAUAAUGACUAAAAGAACUUUUCAAAUCAAUAUUAUAGUAGCUAAUAUAUAAUAAGUAGUAAGUCAGGGUCUAAAAAUCGUUUUUACAGAAGGACGCCCACAAGGUAUGCACUGAAAUGCACUUGUGCAGAAACUCCAAGAUUGACAUGUUCCACAGAAUCGGCCUGAUCUACGCCAAGAAAUACGUCGGAAAGUUGGAUCAAUCUGUAAGUUAUUCUUUACUUUACUCUGCUUUAUUUACUUGUAUCAAAUAAUGUAAACAAAGACGGAAUAACCACGUAUUUUACAUAAAAUUACGUUCCUAGACUAAGUUUAGGGACGUAAUUUUUAAUUUUUUUGUUAGUUCUUUAGAGUGAAAUACUCUAUUGUAUGUCUAAUCUUUAGAAUAAAAUACCACAAAGACUAGCGUAAAGUAAUAUAAACUUUUACAGAACGGUCUUGUCUGUGAGGAAUGCCAAUUCGCUGCUCGUGAGCUCCAGCAUGUUGUUGAUGAUCGCCAAACCCAAGCCGAGGUCCGUCAAUUCCUGAGCCACAACGUGUGCGAGCACUUGGGACAAUACCGCGGAUCAUGUGACAUCUUGGUCGAUGACUUCUUGCCAGAGCUCUUCCAAGAAUUCCACACUCUUCUCAACGACCCCAAAGAGGUAGGUAUAGGUAUACCGGUAGAGACUUGGACUGAAAGGAUAAAAAAUAGUCGUAAUUUCUCUGAAAAAUACGGAUUUUUAUUGUAUCUCUAUACCCUUUUAGGUAAUUUUUAUAAGUUUACAAUUUAAAAUUUAAAAACUUUUCAACUUUUCAGUUCUGCGAGCACCUCCAACUGUGCCCAGCUGCUGCCCUCAAGAACAAGGAAAAGGUUAGCCGUCGCUUAAUCAAACACGUUAUGUCUAACUGAUUAUUCGUAAACGGACAUUAAUAACAUAUUUCAGCCAUGCAUAAUAAUAUUUUGAGUAAAGCUUUAAAGGUAUACUAGUUACAGCAGGAUAUAGCUGCAGGUGUCAUGGAUAAUAUAACUCUAUGUUUUUUAUAAAUUUUAAAAACAUUUAGGAUUAUUAUGAUACUUUAGUAAUCAAAAUACUAUUGUUUAUAUGAGUUUAGUCAAAAAAUACUAAAAUUGUUCUCUAGGACAUGACUAUUUUGUAGUACUGUACGUUUAGGACGAUGUUAUAGUAGAAGGCGGCUUCGAGGCCAUGAUGGAGCGUAUUAAUGGUAUAUCAGACGUACGUAAAUUCUCGGGUCUUGGCUGUGUUGAGUGCAAAAUCUUUGCUGGAAUACUUUUGAAACAUUUAAAUGACGAUAAAAAUACGGUAGGGUUACUGUAGUCGUGUUGUUUCCCUCUUGUGCUUCGAAUCGUCGUAUCUUCUCAAAACCUGGCUUAUAAAAGUUGUGUAGCUUAUAGAAACACUGUAGAAAUGUUUUUACCAUGUAAAUAGGUUCCUAUUUUGUUGCAUCUGCCAGCUGAAACCCUUAUGUUCAACAUGAUAUUGCUACAGUGCUAUGAGUCAACCCCUUAUCAUGCCCUACCUUAACCUACAGCCUCGGCAUCGUACCUCCGUUGUUACUUCAGUAGAACAUCUUACUUACUAAAAUAAGUUCAGAAAGCUCUUGGAGACGAUCUCCGUAAGUUAGUAUGUCCAAUUCUUCCACAAACUUGGUUCGACGGCUGUGAAGACUUCUUGUCCUUCUACGCUCAACCUACAGUAUACCUGGUACUGACACAAGUGACUGGGGAGAAGUUGUGUAAAGCUAUCCACGCUUGUGAUUCUGUCAGUUGUAAGUUAAUAUCAAAAAAUUCAAAACUAGAUUGCUAACAAAGAAGAUCCAUCCAGUUAAGUACCUCAAACUUAAAAUAACCUGAACCUUGUAUUCUUAUCAGUUGUGGAAACAAUUUCCGUAGCCAAGACCUCUGGCCUAGAAUGUUCGAUUUGUGAAAGUUUUGCCAAACUUCUUGGCGAAGAAUUGGCACAGCCAGAAGUCAGGAAAGAGCUUGUAGCCGAGGCCAAGCAGUCACUUUGCAGCAAACUUGGAGUGUUGAAAGAACCUUGCAACAAAGUUGUCGGCAACUUUGUUCUCAAUAUUAUCCCUAGAGUACAGUUUUACAUCGAACAUUCAUGGUUUUGUAAUGUAAGUUUUUAAUCUUUUUUAUCUUGGAUAAAGCUAGUGGACAUUUUAUAACUUAUAUUAGGUUGUUCAAAUAAUUCUGUGCCUCCUAAUCACAAAAAAUUUGCUUUGAGAGAAGGGAAUCAAUUGAACAACCUGACACUUUUUACUUUAUUUUAGUUUUUUUUUCAAUUUUUAAAAUUUUUUAAAAUAUAUUUUUUAUUCAAAAAAUUUUGAAAAAACCUUCAUUAACAUCUAUUUUUCGAAAAAGAAAGUGAAAAAAAAACAUAUUAAUGUUAUUGUAAAUAGAAAAUUGCUUGUAACUACUGAUAACGACCAUUUAUAGUUAAUCCAUCAACAAUGCUGA